CUACGUAUCGCACCUCGCACUCCCCAGUCCACCGACGCAACAGAGAUCGUGUCCGAGCGACUUUUCAUUCGACACCCUGCGCCGAACACUCUUUGCACCGAUUACAUGCGCCUGGACGCCCGCUCCGUUGCUGCGACACCAUGACGUUAGCUUCCUCAACUUCCUCGCAAUCGCCUCUGCUUGUGAUGGCGCCGGACGAGAAGAAGGGUGGACUCCUUGCGGCCCUGAACCUUAGCCCACAAAUUACCUCAUACUUCAUCGCUGGCGGUGUUGCAGGCGCCGCGUCGCGCACGGUGGUGAGCCCGCUGGAACGGUUGAAGAUCAUACAACAAGUACAGCCACAGAAUGCAGAUGGGCAAUACACGGGAGUUUGGAGAAGUCUGGUUCGAAUGUGGAAGGAAGAGGGAUUCAAGGGAUUCAUGAGGGGAAACGGGAUCAACUGCCUACGGAUCAUACCCUAUAGUGCCGUUCAGUUUACGACCUAUGAGCAACUGAAGAAGUGGUUCACAGCCAGCGGUAACAGACAGCUAGAUACCCCGACACGCCUUCUGAGUGGUGCACUAGCUGGUAUCACGUCUGUGUGUUCAACGUAUCCGCUAGACCUUGUGCGUUCCAGGCUAUCCAUCGCGACGGCAUCAAUUCCAGUACAGGCUUCUGCGCCACGGACAGCGACGUCUGGACAGCCUGCACUCGCAUCGGCGUACCAUACAUCAGCCACCACCUCUGCCGCAAAACCCGUUGCCACGACCUUCUCGAAAGCUGAGCUCACGAUGUGGGGAAUGACCUUGAAGGUAGUGCGCGAAGAGGGAGGGGUCAGAGCGCUAUACCGCGGCCUGAUUCCGACUGCCAUGGGUGUGGCUCCCUACGUCGGUAUUAAUUUUGCAGCGUACGAAGCUCUGCGUGGCGCCAUGACUCCACCUGGCAAAAGCAGCGUACCGCGGAAACUGGCGUGCGGCGCAUUGGCAGGCUCCGUCUCGCAGUCUCUGACCUAUCCAUUUGAUGUUUUGCGGCGGAAGAUGCAGGUGACCGGGAUGAACGCCCUUGGGAUCAAGUAUAACGGCGCCUUGGAUGCGCUUCAAAGCAUCAUUCGGACGGAAGGUAUUCGUGGAUUGUACAGAGGACUGUGGCCCAACCUUCUCAAGGUAGCACCGAGUAUUGCCACCUCAUUCUUUACGUAUGAGCUAGUAAAGGAGCUCCUCGGAGCAAGCUGAUUCAUGAUACACGUCACCCACUUGCAGGCUUGCACAUUGAUGAAGCUAGAUAUCGCAACCUACCUUACAGCUCUUUAAAGUCGGAUAUAUAUCGAUAGUUCAUGAAUUUAGACCGACGAACUGUCCUUGUACGGUGUACUACAAGCGUGGAACUGUAGACGAGCAAUCGUUACUCCC